AUGAGGUUCCUACUUCAGUUCUACCAGCAGUUGCAAGCCUUGAGGUAUGCAGUGGAAGAGAUCAACAGGAGUUCCGAAAUUCUCCCAAACGCUACCCUAGGUUUCUAUGCUUAUGACUCUUGUGCAACAAUGCGAAAUGAGUUGCAAGGGACUCUCUGGAUGCUGACCGGCCUGAGCCAGGAGAUACCAAAUUACUGCUGCCGGGAAAGUCCUCCACUGUCUGCUAUCAUUGGGCACUCAAAAUCCUCCUUUUCCAUGUUAAUGGCACAUAUCUUGGGACUAUACAGAUUUCCACAGAUUAGUUGCUUCUCAACCAGCUCUCUAUUGAGUGACAGGACACAGUUCCCUUCCUUCUUUAGAACUGUCCCAAGCGAUGAGUUUCAGUCCAGGGGGCUGGCCCAAAUGGUUUUACAUUUUAAAUGGACGUGGGUUGGGCUCGUAGCCUCUAACGAUGACUAUGGUUUUGAGGGAUUAAAGAUAAUGAAAGAUGAGAUAACAAAGGGAGGAGCAUGUGUUGCCUACACAGUAUAUAUUGCAACCAACCAGGACAACAAAAACAUGCCGGACAUUGUACAAAUGAUAAAAGAAUCAACUGCUAAUGUGAUCAUUGUCUUUUCUGUCGAUGUCUUCUUGUUUCCUCUUCUGGAUGAGAUGGUCAACCAGAAUGUCACCGGGAAACAAUUUGUCGCCAGUGAAGGUUGGUCUGUAUCAGAUAUUUUGAACAACUUCUCUAAAAUACUGUCUGGAACUAUUGGCUUUGCAAUACAAAGCUCAAACAUCCCAGGGUUUCAAGAAUAUCUCAACUCUGUUAAUCCCUACAACACCCCUGGGACCACUUGGUCUAAAAUGUUCUGGGAAGAAGCUUUUAAUUGCUCGUUUUCUCAACCUGAAAACCAAACGCUAAAUCUGAGCAAAACUAAAAAAACAUGCACGGGAGAUGAGAAUCUAGAACAUGUCCAAAAUGGCUAUAAUGAUGUGUCCACUUUAAGAUCCUCCUACAAUUUCUAUACUUCAGUAUAUGUGACCGCAAAAGCUCUGGAUGACCUCAGUCGCUGUCAAUCUUUGGAUGGUGCAUUGCCUGGAGCAAAAUGUUCUGAUUUAACAAACUUUGGACCAUGGCAGUUAACGCAUUAUAUUAAGAACGUCCGGGUGAAGCUCAGGAAUGGAAGAGAAGUUUUCUUUCAUAAGGAUGGAAACCCACCGGCUGUUUAUGAUAUAAUAAACUUGCAGCCAGAGUCAAACGGUACCCUGAAGCAAGUGAAGGUGGGAAGCUACGACACGUUGAAUUCUUCUGGGGAAAUCUUUAGCCUUGACACAAGCUCAGUGUGGUGGGCAACUUCCAAUGCUGAAAUUCCCCUCUCUGUUUGCAGCCAGAUCUGCUCAGUGGGGUUCAAAAAAGUAGCAAAGAAAGGGGAACCAGUGUGCUGCUUCCAGUGUGUUCCCUGUUCCCAAGGGGAGAUCACCAAUCAGACAGAUGCCAUUGAGUGCUGGAGUUGCCCCUGGGACAUGUGGCCCAACAGUGCAAGAGACAGAUGCAUUUUAAAACCCACUGAGUUCCUUUCCUAUGAGGAUCCCCUGGGGAUCAUCCUGGCAGCUACCAGUACUCUCUCCUCUAUGGUCCCAAUUUUUAUUUUUCGACUUUUCAUUCAUUAUAAAUCCACCCCGAUUGUGAGAGCCAAUAACUAUUCAGUGAGUUGUAUUCUCUUAGUAUCUCUGUCUUUCUGCUUCCUCUGUGCUUUGGCUUUCAUUGGUUACCCCCAACCUGAGAAGUGCCUUCUGCGCCAGGCGGCAUUUGGCCUCGUCUUUACCCUCUGUGUAUCCUGCAUUUUGGCCAAAACUGUUAUUGUUGUUUUUGCCUUCAUGGCCACUAAACCCGGGAGCAGCCUCAAAAAAUGGACAACUCCCCGUGUGCCCUACAUGAUCAUUACCAUCUGCACCUUCAUACAACUCACUUUGUGCAUUUUCUGGCUCUCUAUCUCCCCUCCUUUCCCACAAUACAAUAUUGAAGCCAAACCAGGGAUCAUUGUUGUAGAGUGCAAUGAAAACUCUCCAUUUGCCUUCUGGUGCAUGCUGGGAUAUCUUGGACUUUUAGCCACUGUCAGUUUCACUGUAGCUUUCCUGGCCAGGAGGCUCCCAGACAACUUCAAUGAGGCCAAACUAAUAACAUUCAGUAUGUUGGCUUUCCUCAGUGUGUGGGUGUACUUUAUCCCAGCCUCUCUCAGUGCCCAGGGCAAGUAUACUGUUGCCAUGGAGAUCUUUGCCAUUCUGACUUCCACCUGGGCCCUUGUGUUCUGCAUGUUCCUCCCCAAAUGUUUCAUCAUAUUGUUCAGACCCGACAUGAACUUGAGAGAAAAUCUGAUGGUAAAGACAGGAGUAUGAAAGAAACAUCUAAUUGGUCAAAACUAUUCCUGUGCA